AUGCAUCGAUGUAAUCGAGCAUGCGUUUGCUUGCGCAGACCUUGUUCCUACAAGUACCAUAGUAGUAUCCUCUCUUGCGUUGGUCAGGUGCUUGACGCUGCGUGGCAGGGCUUUCGCCACACACUUCUGGAGGCACAUGCCGACACUGCUGCGGACGAUCCGACAUUAUCAGCACACCUGGAGCUCUUGCAGAAAAUCAAGGCGGAGUCGCCCGGCUGGAGGCCGGCGACUGACUCGAAGACUUUCAGCUCCGAAGGCGUGGACAGCAUCCGCAGCCCAGGCAUGAAGGCAUUGGAGCAGGAGGCCGCCGUCAACACUUCAUGGAGAGCAGAGGCCACCGAUCCGGCGGCACAGAAAUCUGUUCGACACAGGCUGCAGGUGCGGUUGAAUAUCCUCUCCUCACAACAGCUGAUAUCGGGAAAGAAUCUGCAUGAUGCAGUGACCUCUUUGGGUUUGACAACAUACACAGUCGAGGACAUGAAUGACCUGGUGAAUGCAAUGGCAGCCUUUGUCAACCUUCGCUUCGUCAAGCAGCAGGACUCUCAGCUGACACGCGGCCGGUCGACGAACAGCAUGUUCUCGACUCAGGAGCACGAGAACUUGGGCAAGGCAGUUUGGCAGUGGCCAACUAUGGAGAAGGGAGCGCAGACUGAGACGACGACGGCUGAACAUGGAAGCUUCGACUUUAAUGUCGUGCCUGCCAAAGCGCUCAUGGACAUCUUUCUCCGGAAGGAUGCAGAGAUUCAACGGCGCAUCUUUGCAGCCCGCUCGAUAAAACAGUUUCAGGCCAUGAGGGAGAUUCUUCUGGCCGGCGACACAAACAAGCUGGUGGCCGAGCUGACGUUCGUCCGUAUCAACGACUUGGCCGCACCGCCAGAGGCCGUGGACGCAUUGUUCUACAUCGAGCCUGUGGUCUGCAUGCUGAUUCUGGUGAACGGUAUUCUGAUCGGCUUCCAGACGGACCCCCGCUUUGAGCACUGGCCCGGCUGGCCUUACGUGGAGCUGGUCUUCGCCGUUCUUCUGGUGCUGGAAUGCUGCAUGCGAGUCUGGCUCUCCGGGGGCCCUUGGGGCUUCUUCUGCUCGUCUGAGCGGCUCUGGAACCUGUUCGAUCUGUUUUUGGUAUGCACAGCAGUCACGGACGUGGUUUUCCAGCUCACCAUGCAGGAGAACUCGGACAUGUUCGGUGCCUCACUGUUACGAUUCUGCCGCCUGAUACGGCUGGUUCGUGUGGUGAAAGUAUUCCGCUUGAACUACAUGAAGGAGCUGCGUCUCAUGAUCAAGGGCUUGGUUGGUGGGAUCCGCACUCUGCUGCUCGCCUUCGCCCUGCUGUUUGCAGUCCUCUAUGUUAUCGCCGGGUUCGCCACGAUGACCAUCGGGCGUGAUAGUCGCACUCCAGGAGACCUCCAAGGCCACUUCGAGAACAUCCCGCAGUCCAUGUUCACUUCCUUUCGGUGCUUCUCGGGCGAGUGCUUCGCCGACACAGGUGCACCCAUUGCCUCGGUAAUGUCCUCUGUCUUUGGCUGGCCCUUUGUCCUCUCCUACGUGCUGAGUUACAUGCUUGUCUCCAUGGGAAUCUUCAAUGUGAUCCUUGCAGUGUACGUGGACAUCACCAUGCGCGCAGCCAAGGAGACGGAAGCUACGACGGCGGAGCAGUACUCACGAGAGUCCAUCCGCAUUGCUCGGACCACUCGUGAGCUUCUCAAGAAGUUCGCCGAGGCAUAUCGCCUUUUCCACGACUCGCAUGAGGUUGGUCGGCUGAAUUUGGCAACAAGCUCGUUCACCGAAGACAUCCACGACAACAUUGCCAUUACCAAAGAGCUCUUCCUGCUAGUAAUUCAGGACCAGAGUGUUCAGAAGCUCAUGAACGACUUGGACCUUCCAUCAGACCGGGCAAACCUCUUCGAGGUAAUCGAUGCUGAUGGGUCUGGAACGCUGCACGUGACUGAGCUUGUACAAGGUUUGCUCAAGAUCCGUGGGGAGUUGACCAAGAGUGACACAGUUGCCACGCUUUUGACGGCGCAGGCAAUUCAAGGAAUGCUUGCAGACCUGAAGAGCGAGCAAGCACGGUUUAGGGAGGUCGUGCUGCAGUCCAUGGCCACUUUACGAUUUGCAUCCGUCCAGCGGGGAGGCCACCAAGCGUACCCGCACGACGAUCCAAAGGUGAUGGAGACGUAUGCCUCCAGCGAAGCGCCCUCCGAGGAAGCACAUGCCCUCGGCAACCAUGGGCUUGACAAUGUACGCUCGAGAAAGCCACCCGCACUUUCGCCUACACCAGAAGGUGCCAUCCCGCGAUUCCAAGCAGCUGAGGCGGACGUGCUGGAGACGCCGAUGUCCGCGGUGUCCAUUGGUGUCCGGUGUCGUGACAUCUGA